CACGCCGCGGUUCGCUUCGCCUCGCCUCCGACACCUCAGACCCCGGCUGGCGAGCCGUCCGCGCCGCCAACUCUCCUGCCACAGGCGACAGCGCGCUCGGCUGCUAGACUAGCUCUCCGCGCCCGUCCACAGGUGGGGCCGCCAUGGGCGACCGGCGCAUGUCGACGUGGGACCAGCUGGCCGUGGAGGCGGCGCUGCUGCACAUGGCCGGCCACGACUCCAGGACCAGCCGCCGCAGCAGGCGGCCCUCCGCGACGAUCGAGAAGCUGCCGGACAAGGUGCUGCUGCACAUUUUCUCGUACCUGUCGCACCGCGAGAUAUGCCGCAUGGCGCGCGUCUGCCGCAAGUGGCGCAUCAUCGCCUACGACACGCGCCUCUGGAAGAGCGUCUCGCUGCGCCCAGAGAUCUCCGGCCUGCACGUCAGCUCGCUAGAGUCCCUGCUGGCCCUCAUCAGCGUGAGGUUCGGGCCGUCGCUGCGCUACAUCGAGCUGCCCAUCGAGCUGAUCACGCACACGGUGCUGCACGAGCUGGCCAACAAGUGCCCCAACCUGACGCACAUGCUGCUCGACUUCUCCACCGCCAUGCAGCUGCACGACUUCAGCGAGAUGCAGGCAUUCCCUACAAAACUCAGGUACAUGUGCAUCUGCCUUUCGGAAGUGAUCUUCAUGGAGGGUUUCAUGAGGAAAAUAUACAACUUCAUCAAUGGCUUGGAAAUCCUACACCUAAUAGGCACGUAUGAGAAAGUUGAGGAGGAAGAGGAGGAAAUCUAUGAAGUAAUAAACGUGCACAAACUGAAAUCAGCAACCCCCAACCUUCGGGUGAUCAACUUGUAUGGCAUUAACUUCGUAGAUGACAGUCACAUAGAAGCUUUCAGUUCAAACUGCAUACAGCUUGAAUGUCUGGCAGUGAACUUCUGUGCCAAGGUGACUGGGUCAUGUUUGAAAACUUUAUUCCAACGCAGCCGCAGGCUUCGAUGUUUACUUAUGAACCAAACAAGCUUGCAGAGUGAACAUGUGAUGCAAGUGGAGUGGGAGAAGGCCAACAUUCAAGAACUUGAUAUAACAGCAACAGAUCUGUCAACUGAGUGCCUCAUUGAUAUGCUCACACGCAUUCCCGGACUACGUUUUCUGUCUGCUGGCCAGAUCAAUGGAUUUAAUGAUUCGGUUCUGAAGGCAUACAUGGAACUUGGAAAUCCACGUUCAUUGAUUGCCUUGGACUUGGACAGCUCAGAUAAUUUGACUGAUGAUGCUCUCCACAAAUUCCUUUCUCGCCAUGGACAUCAGCUGUGGGGAAUAGCACUCUCUGGAAUGCCUCACAUCACCGAUCAACUGUGGAUGUCAGUACUUCCCAUUCUCACAAAUGCCAAGAUCAUUGUUAUGGGCACCCCUGAGCGCCUAGGAGUAAACAUCCAUGUUGAUCAGUUAAUGGAUGGUAUAGCUAAUAACUGUCCGAACUUGGAACGACUGGAGCUACGCUGGGAUCCAGAGAACUUGCGGUUUUCUGACAAGAGCCAAAAAGCCAUAGACAUCUUGCGUGUCAAAUGCCUCAAACUCCGUUGCCUUGUGCUCAGCGAUGGCAGAUACUAUGAGGUGGUGAAAGCAAACUUCGAACGUGCUGAUCGUACUACUGUAGUUCGCACAACCACAAACUGCCGUAUCUCCAAUUACUACCUACUUAAUAACUACAAAGACCUUAUAUUCAACUGAUUUUACAGAUAAAAUAAGUUAAUGUCUCAAAUAAUUAGUUAAAUUUAUUACUCAUUAAUAAUGGCAGAAAAUAUAUUUUUGAAACAAGUAUUGACUGAUUACAAUAAUCUCUUCCACCCAUUCACCUCAUUGACAGAUGUACUGAUUACAGCUGUGAUAUGCAUGUAACAUAAUAUCAACUGUCUGUAAGAUUUAGUAGCUGAUUCUCAUAGUACAAAUGCAGACAAUACUAAAUAAACCUCAUCUGAGAGUUGUGAAAAACUUUCAAAAGAGGUCGAAACAAGCAUUUAUUAUGUGCACUAUUAAAAUCAAAAUCCUAUGGAUGAGUCACAUAAAAAAAAUCAGCUGAAAAUAAGAUUGUGAUACAAAAAACUGACAAAAUGAAAGCUGUACAUUAUAAACUAGGAAACAGAGUACAAAUAUUUAGAUCUGAGCUUUAACAAAUGUCUUUUGUACUGAAGUUAAUCUGAUUUGAAAAUAUAUUAGAAGUGAAACUGGAAACAUUUUUCUGCCAUCUGAAAAUGAGGAAAAUUGAUGUGAAAAAUCCAAGUAGAUUCUUCCAAGAAAUGCAAGCACUCAUAGAAGUGAUUUUCUGCUUGGUUUAAUCAUUUUUUAUAGAAUUCAAACCAUAAAUUCUAUAUUGUCAUCAAAACAUACUUGUAUCUCAUAAACUGUUGUUGUGAUUUUAAAUGGAGCAAAAUGAGAUUUCGGUGUAAUGUAUGGAAUAAACAUUACUCUCAAACUUAUAUUAUUGGUCAAGAUAAGACUUAAAAGUCAAAUAAAUGCACAUUGUUGUACAAUAAUGUCAAUCAUUUUAUAUAAAGCGUGUUUAAGUGGUCAGUAUUUGUCAGUGCCUUACCAGUACCAUAUAUUUAUAUUUUUGGUUGUAAGGUGUAACCUAUACAUCAGAAGUUCAGCAUUGGUACUGAUGUUUUUAUAUUUUGUUACUCUGAUAUAUGUAAAUUUUAUGCUGAUUCUCCAGGUGAAUGGUUGAAAUUUUGAAAUGCAAUAAAAUUCAUAAUACAUUUUGUAAGUCAUAGUGAUUUUUCUUAAAAUACAUAAUUUUGGAAAAAAUGUUAGCCUUGUAAUAUUAACUGAGUUUGUUUUCCCACCCCAGCAUAAAAUGUCUCACUGACACGAACUAUUUAAGUAAUAAGUACAUAAUAUUGUGACAGAAAAAAAUCAUAUUAUCUUGGAAACAAGAUUACCACACAAUAAAGUUACUGUGUUCUGGAA